UUGUUCUUUUAAGCGGAUCUCAAAUUGGGUUUGCGUUGAAAAAAAAUUCAAUCUGAAUUUUAUUUGGGUUAAAACCCCGCCGAAUCAAUAUGCCAACUGUCAACGAACAAAGAGAAUAGAAAAGUAGACAAACUUUUUCUUCCACUUCUGAAAAUAAAAUAUCUCUCUCUCGUUUCGAAUCUUCCAGAGCUCGCUUUCUGAAACUCGGAUCUAUAGCUCGAAUCUGUAUUGAUUGGUUGGAUAAAUGGGGGUUUAAGUUGAAGGAAAUUGAAGAGUUGAUGAAAUUGAAGGAACUUUUUAAGAGUUGUUAUUGAAGGGAUUUGAGGGGUUGUAGAGGAUGGCGUGUAAGGGGUGUUUGGAGUGUCUACUGAAGCUUCUAAACUUCUUGUUAACUCUUGUGGGUUUGGCCAUAGUGGGUUACGGAAUCUACUUAUUUGUGGAGUAUAAAAGAGCAUCUUCUGGCGGCAGCCCAUCUCCUGCGCCCACAGGUGAUGAUGUGAUCCAGCUCGGCCGGCCGAUGCUUAUGGCUUUGUCUCUGUCUAGCAGCAUUUUCGAUAACCUGCCGAAAGCUUGGUUCAUAUAUUUAUUUAUUGGUAUUGGUGUGGUUCUCUUCAUCAUAUCUUGUUUUGGUUGUAUUGGAGCAGCAACAAGGAACGGAUGCUGCCUGACUUGUUAUUCAGUAUUGGUGAUCUUGUUGAUCUUGGUGGAACUGGGAUGUGCUGCUUUUAUAUAUUUUGACAAAAGUUGGAAAGAGGAAAUUCCAACUGACAAAACUGGAGACUUUGAUUCGAUAUAUGAGUUUCUGGAAAAGCACUGGGAAAUCGUCAAAUGGGUUGCUCUUGGGGCUGUUAUUUUGGAGGCUCUGGUGUUCUUGUUAGCUUUUGUGGUAAGGGCUGCAAACAGACCAGCAGAUUAUGACAGUGAUGAUGAGUAUAUAAAUGUACAGAGGCAACAAAUCAGACAACCAUUGAUCAACAGGCCACCAGUUCCAGCAACGGGGGUCCCUGUUGCUGGUACCCUUGAUCAGCGUUCAAACAGAAAUGACACUUGGAGCAAUCGUCUGAGGGAAAAGUAUGGGCUUGGUACACACAAUCCUUCCGAGGCAAACAGUUAUCAGCAAGCAGCAGAACAGCCGGCAGAAGAAAGGAGUCGUUGCAGCAUCAUGUGAUGAUCAUCCGAGUUAUGCUCAAAUUCGAAAUUGGCUCAGUUCUGGAAACUGAAUUUAUUCUACUGGUGCUAGAAACAUUGUAUUACAUUCUGUUUUUUUUUCAUGGAGCUGACAAUGAGUUACAGAUUUUGUAUGAAGCUGUGAGUUGCAUUCAGCUGGUUUAAUGGUAAAAUUGAGACACACAGGCAAA